AUGGACAAGAACAAAAAGCUCAUCAUAAAGACAUACCAACAGCAGAAAUUUAUCCGUACUGCCAACAUUUCUAUGUACCUGAUUGAAUGGCUUGUCUUUGAAAACCGGUUUUCUUUGGCUGCAACCUUUCACACAAAUAAUUUGAUAGAGUCUUAUCACAAUCAGCUGAAGACUUUCUAUCUUGGACGUGCAAGAUCUCUUCGAGUAGAUAGACUUAUUUAUCUUCUGGCCAAAGUCUUGACUCUUAACUACAGACAAGAGAACGUCAAGAUGUUAUAUAGAUUCCAAUCAGUAUGCCUUACACGCCAAGAAGAGCAAAAAAGGCGAAAUAUAUACAUGUUAGAUAGCAAUACUGCUAUGGAAAUGGUUGAGAAAUUGAGUGAUACUGCAUUCACUUGCAGAUCAUUCACAGUUGAUUUUGCUAUAUAUAACAUUGAGCUACAGAAUAGUUUUCUGCAAAACUGCACUUGCCCUAAUACUUCCAAGCUUUGCAAGCAUAUCUUUCUCAUCAAUUGUAUGCUAGACAUUUCCUACUUUUUGCGCCAAAGUCUUUCCUUCUCCUCCUCUGCUGUCCAUGUAUCUAAUACUAAUACUAAAGCAGUAGUUGACACUUCCCUUCUUUCUGAUGAGAUAGAAGCUGAUAUCAUGAAGUAUCAUCAAUUAUACUAUAUUGAACUUGACAGCAAGAUAGCUGAGUAA